ACUGCCUGUAUAUAUGUGGCGCUUGUAUAUUUUUAUGUAUUACACUAAUGUCCGUGUAAAUCUCUCUCGUCACCCUAAGCAGUCUGCUGCAAAUUGCUGUUACAAUGUAGGCUCCAGUUCGAGCCUCAUGCGUUCGGCUAUCCAUUAGUCUUCUCUAGCUUUACCGUGGCCACAGGGAGCUCUCCUGAUAGAAGAUUGGCUGUAACGUGUAAGGGGCGGGGCCAAGAUCAGAGGACCAUCUUGUGCUCAACAUGGACCGGCUAGCUCCUUUCAGAGGUGAUGUGUUUGAUAAACCACUGUGCCGUGGAUGUUCUUCAUAUCUUAUGGAGCCGUAUAUAAAGUGUGCAGAGUGUGGACCUCCUGAAUUUCUUCUUUGUUUACAGUGCUUUUCAAGAGGAUUUGAAUAUAAAAAACACCAGAGUGAUCACAAUUAUGAGAUAAUGACUUCAGAUUUUCCUGUUCUGGAUCCAAGCUGGACAGCCCAGGAGGAAAUGGCUCUUCUAGAAGCUGUGAUGGAUUGUGGAUUUGGAAACUGGCAAGAAGUUGCUAAUCAAAUGCGCACAAAGACAAAGGAUGACUGUGAAAACCACUACAUGAAACAUUUCAUUAAUAAUCCACUCUUCGAAAGUACAUUACUCAGUUUGAAACAGGCAGAAGAGGACAAGAAUGUGGACACAGCAGUUCCGUUUCAAGCUUCUGAAGAUCCACCAAGACCAACUUUUGAUUCUUUGCUUUCUAGAGACAUGGCAGGAUACAUGCCAGCAAGAGCAGAUUUCAUAGAGGAGUUUGACAACUAUGCAGAAUGGGAUCUAAGAGAUAUUGAUUUUGUUGAAGAUGAUUCAGAAGUUUUACAUGCUUUAAAAAUUGCUGUUGUGGAUAUUUACCAUUCCCGACUGAAAGAGAGACAGCGUCGAAAAAGGAUUAUAAGAGAACAUGGCCUCAUAAAUCUGAGGAAAUUUCAAAUUUUAGAAAGAAGGUAUUCCAAAGAUGUUCAAGAACUAUAUGAAACAAUGAGGCGAUUUGCUCGAAUUUUAGGAGCAACAAACCACGAUCGGUUUAUAGAGAGCCAUGCAUUGGAAUUUGAACUGCGCAGAGAAAUCAAACGUUUACAAGAUUACAGAAAAGCUGGCGUCAAAACCUUUCAAAGUUCAAAGAUAUAUGACCGCUUAAAGAAGUCUCGGGAAGAAGAGCGUUUAAAACGAAAUAUGCUUUCGGAAGUCCUUCAGUACAUACAUGAUGGCAGUGCUUGCCAGCAGUGGCUUAAAAGACAAGCAGCUAUUGAUGCCGGGUUACAUCAGAUUGCCCCCAUUGUUUCAAGUUCAGGUAGAAGAAGUGCUCCUCCUCUAGACUUAACAGGCCUUCCUGGGACAGAAAAGCUCAACGAUAAAGAGAAAGAGUUGUGUCAGGUGGUGAGAUUGGUUCCUGGAGCUUAUUUGGAGUAUAAAGCAGCUCUUGUAAAUGAGUGCAACAAACAAGGAAGCUUACGACUGGCACAGGCUCGAGCACUUAUAAAGAUUGACGUUAAUAAGACCCGCAAAAUUUAUGAUUUCUUAUUACAAGAAGGAUACAUCACAAAACCUCAGACAUAAAUCAAUGAUUUCACUAUUGUAAUGUUCCUCAGAGACAUGACUCAAAAAUUCUUGUACAUCUGUAGUGUUUGUUAACCUUUUUUGUGGUUACAUUGUAAUCUCUUAGUUGAAGAAUUCUUUGUGUGUGUGUGUAGUUGCUGUUUUCCACAAGUACUGUAGCUGGUUAUAUGGACAUGUCUCCAGAAUUACAUUGCAAGAACUUGAUCCAAAUUUGUCACUACUAUUUAUUGGCUGUCGUGGCAGAUAUUCUGUUAGUUUGUAUGCAGCCUAAAUGUAAACUAUGUUUAUUCUGUUACAAUUAAUUUCAAAACAUAUAAAGUGAUGUGUAUUGCAAUGACAUAGAGAUAAAUGAUCUCUAAGAAGGAAUGAAUGGCCAGGCUAAAAUCGCCUGACCAAAAAUGUAGCAUGCUGUGCAAGUAACACUACUGUGCAAGGCUCUUUAGGCAGUAGUACAGUCAUUAAAAGAUUAUAUAAACUAUGGGGGAGAUUUAUCAAAACUGGUGUAAAGGAAAACUGGCUUAGGCUCUUUCACACUUGCGUU